GAGGUCAUGACUAUCCCACAAUUACAACUGAUGAGUAGUCGAUUUAAAAUAUAGCACUGAGUUUAUGAUCAAUGACCCAAUGAUAUUUUUGAAUUUACACAGAAAAAGAGGAAUUUUUGCGGCAAAAAAUAUUUUGAAUUGCGUAUUGAAGAGAAAAAUUUUCUGAAAACUAUAAAAAACUUAUAGGGAAAUUUUUGUCUUCAUUUUACAAUGGAAACAAAUUAUUUUCUUCUGUGUAUGACUAAUUGGUUAUCGAUUGAUAAAAUAAAAUAUAAUUUUUGAAGGGAAAGUAAAACUUAUUAAUUGUGUUAUGAUUCUGUCAAUCAAACCGUGGGUCAUUACACUUUCGCGCGGGGAAUCCCGUUGGCGGUAAGAUCGAUUAGGGGAUUUAUGGGGGUGUAAUUAUCCGCAUGCGGUAUGUGUGGAUAUUAAUGUAAAAAAGUGUGAAACAUAAUUACUGAGUUUAAUUAACUUUUAUCGAUCGUUUUUAUAAAGUUAAGAUAUUAAAAAAAAUAUAAAAACUGACUAUAGAGAGUUUGAAAUCUGUCAGAUGUGAAGAUGACUGACGUGGGAGUUUUUAAACUUCAUUUUAAAUUAUUUCCUUUCAUCGUCCUUUUAUUUUAUAACCAGUCAAUUACUUAAUAGUAGUCUUCAAUAAACCGAGUACGGGGUGUGAAUUUAAAUUCUUUCGGCCCUGAGACUUGCGCUUGCAAUCACAUCGAUCGUAAAAUCAGCGUUGCUGCAAGUGAACUCGGUUGGGUCAGUAAGACUAAGGAGUACAAGACCUUUGAUGGAUUCGCGUACCCGAAAUAAUAAUAAUUAUAAUUACAAUUAUGAUUAUUAUUAUUUAAACAAUUAGAGGAAUGCGUGGAUACCCGCGUAGAUUAAUACUCGUAGUCGGCAUCGCGUUAUUUAUUUUACUGAGUACGCGACUUUUAAUUGGCCGCAGUCUUGUACUUCCGCUAGAUGAUGACGCAGCAUCAUCAUUUUCACCGCGUGGUCCACAUAAUUUUAUCCAAGAGCCAUCGAGAGGAUUUGCGCGUGCGUAUGCACCUGGAAUGUACAUGAGAGGGCAACAGCAACUGAAUAAUUGCGCCUGUGCUUGGAAAUACGAAUUGCCUUUUUUAUUUUCUUACCCGGUAAAUAAAAUUCGAUAUACACCUCAAGCAGGUGAAGAUGGACCGUAUCGAGUUUUGCCAUUUGUCAUUCGGAGUAGUGUUGAGUCGGAUGGAUCAAAACCGUUCACCAGAUUGACUCUGUGCACUCACGCGACCGCGGAUUUAGUUUACAAUGUCGUCGAAUUGGUCAAGCGAUGGGAAGGUCCAGUUAGUCUUGCUGUCUUUACACCAGGUCGAGAUGCUGAACUGGCUGUACGACUGCUCGACAGAGCUUGCCGCUGUGAGCCCCAAAUGCACAAGCUUUCCGUCCACCUGAUAUUUCCAGCAAAUCGUAAACCGAUCAUCAGAAACAAUAAUUAUGCCGCCGAAGAUGGGGACUGCGCGGCGCUGGACCUUCACUGGCAACUCCAGGAAUCUUUGACAGACAGAAAAGACCGAGGACUCACUUAUCCAAUAAAUGUCGCGCGAAAUGUCGCGAAAAGUCUUGCGAUGACAUCCAGAGUCUUGGUCUCAGACAUUGAAUUAUUACCGAGUGAUAAAUUGGCCUCAGGUUUUCUUAAAAUGAUCGACGGACAGCCGCCACGCAAAGGACUCGCAUUCGUAGUUCCAGUAUUUGAAAUUGACGAGUCCCAGGAGCCGCCUAAAAAUAAACGAGAAUUAAUGGCUGCGAUAAAUAAAGAUCUCGCUGUUUAUUUUCACAAAUAUAUGUGCAUACACUGUCAGCGGUUUCCUGGUAUCACCAAGUGGAUGUUGAGACCAGACCCAGGGCGAGUGAGACCGCUGAUUGUCACUCGCCGGGAGUAUCCGCACCAUCGAUGGGAACCAGUUUACAUUGGGACUCAGGACGAUCCUCUUUACAACGAAAAUAUGACUUGGGAAGGACGUCAGGAAAAAAUGUCACAGAUGUUAGAAAUGUGCCUGAUGAAUUAUCAAUUAAUAAUUCUCGAUGGAGCUUUUCUUGUUCAUACACCAGGAAUAAAAAGAAAGACUUAUCAAUUAAAUCCAUCCAAAUCAACAUUUGAACGUACUCAGGAAAUGCUGAACGCUCAAAUAUAUCAAAGCAUUACGCAUAAUUUGCUCAACAAAUAUCCGAUAAAUCGUAAAUGCAGACAAUAGAACUUCAGGUUUAUAAUAAACUAAAUAUUAAAUAUAUAAAUAUAUAGAUAGAUAUAUAAUUAGUUAAAGCAAAGAUAUGAAAUUUUAUUAUUUUUAAACCGCGUAAAUUUUAAGAUAAAAAAAUAUUUUAGCUUCUUUCUACUAAAUACUUAAACUCAAUUAAAUUCUAAACACUUGCGACAACAUUUUACGUAAU